GCCACCAACGUUCACCCUUCCAACCAGUGCCCCAUCCACCUUUCACGAGAAGUCGAUCGCUUCCUGCAUGGGCUACCCCCGGCUAGGCUGCCUCCCACCUGUGAUCGUUGUGCUACAGCUCUAGAUCCAUCGGCGGGAAGCAGUGUCUCUCAUCUGGCCAAUUGUCGCCAUCGUGCAGCUCUAUGGACCACCGCACAUGAGCGGUGUACUGUGGUUCUUCGCGACAUCUGUGUGGAAGCUGGUAUCGUCACGAAGCUUCAUCAGCAGGGACUGCGACACACCCGGACCCUUGUCCCUCAGCAUGGCCCCACUAACCGACACAUGGGCGACCUUUGGCUCCCUGGCCUCUCCACCCACACCUGGAAUGGGCUGGUUCUCGACUUCACGAUGACUCAUCCCUACAACAGCAGCGGCAGCCCCGUCGGACUUUCUGCGCUCUCCGGCCCCGCCCAACAGAAGAUUUCGAAUCAUCGCGCAAGUUAUAGCACCCAUCACCCGCCGAAGGCCUUUCUUCCCUUCACUGCAGGUACGGAUGGUCUUCUUCAUGCUGACGCUUUGCGGUUUCUCUGUUGCUUUGCUCCGGAGAGAAGGACAUGUUUUCCAUUGAUCUGUUAG